AUGUCGGGGUUGGAAGCUCUCGGGGCCAUCGCCAGCACGGCGCAGAUGGUCACGCGCUACUUGGAACAAAUUCAAAGAAACGUGGACAACUUGCUCGCAUUGCUGAAAUCUAGCCUGCGGCAGGUCACGGACAAGUCGAUCAAGCGGUUCUGGAAAGCCAUCGUAAACCAGAGACACGAAGCACAAAUCCUUCAAAGCUUCACAGCCUUGGAAAACGACAAAAGCAGUCUGCUCCUUUACCUGGGGAGCAUCCACGGACACGCCCUGCAACAAAUAGAGCAACAUCUGAGUCAGGCCAAAACAAUGGCAUCGCCCGCCAAGAGUGGAAAUGAAGAUACGCCAAAUAAAGGCUUCUCGGUCCCCUGGACUGAAGAGCGAGCUCGGACGCGUCCUAACGACUCCCGGCCACUCCAACGUCAAGCCCAGCAUCACUCGGAUGAACAGGGGACGAAUGCGGAUCAAGAUUCUCAGCAGUCCCGCGCAGGUCAAUCUGCCACGAACAACGGAGACACGCAUCAGACAAGUGGCACAGCUGGGGGCAAGUGGUACUCCUGCAGAGUUGAAGGAACCUGGCAAGACUGUAUCGCUAUUGGAGAAGAGGCUGACCAGCAAAAUGGAAAUCGCAUUGAUCACAGUUCUCGAGGAGGCGAUGAACGUACGGAGGCCAAGACGACUCAAAACAACGGCAGACGACGACACGGUUAUGCGAUGAUCGUCCUCGACACGGCCUAG